GGAAAGCUUCUCUUUUUUGCGCGGACUCCUCCGACUCCACCGACGGCCCAGGCCCUUGCAGGUUCGGUUCCACUGUGGUAGAGCCCAUACUUAUCGAUACUACGCCCUCGGCGAGUUGGCAUUGGUGGAGGGCCUUUAUCUUUUCCCAGGCGGGGGAUUCUGAAAAAUAGACUCCGUAUACCGCCGCUACACCGUUCAGACGAUAAAGUGUGAGGCUCUCUCCGCUCCGUUCGGCCUUCAGUAGUACUAUCCACCUCGAGUCCCCUACGCCUUGGAGCCGUGGGAGCAGUUGCCCGCCAUUCGGAAUCUUUCCCACCAGCCAAAUACGUGCCACUGCCGGAAUUCCACAUCGUGUCUACGCCACAAACCCAGCUGGACAAUCUAUAUACAGCUCCCUCUCGACGGUGCUGCUGCUUAGAACACUAUGGAAAGCCGAGUCUUUGCUCAAACGAUACAGCGAUGUUUCACGGGCGGCUGGCCUUAGUGGGUGCAGUCAUUUCGGCUGGGAUACUCCUGGCCCAAGGUGCGCCGAAGAGCUUUGGUUUGGAAAGAUCGAGGUUCUGUAUGGUUGCUAUAGAUGCGUUGAAAGAAGGGUCUCAAAUUGUCGUCUUGGGCGGCAUUGCAUUUGACCAGGCCCGAGCCGAGACCAACCGUAUCCAAAAGACAGCUGUGUCGGUGAUUAACGGUGUGGUUGAGCUCAAACCGGUCAAAUUGCCGGACAGUGAGACACCGGGUGAUAGAAUGAACUGUGUCUCCUACAAUAACCGGAUCUAUCUCAACGCCGGCUUUCGGAAUAGCAACAUGUCAAUCACCUCUGUAGACGCGGACAACCUCGCAACCGACCCGUUCACCCCCAGUUUGAUUUCUGGGGAGUCGCGGGUGUUCCACGCCUCGGCCAUGUUGGGUUCCAAACUGCACUUCUUCGGCGGGUUUUCCGAAAAGGGUCUUGACCGCGCUGGGUACGACCUCAGCGACCUUUGGGUCUUUUCCCCAAACACCCGAACAUGGAGUGCACCCCCGUUGCAACCGAGCGAUCCCGGGGCCACGCCCGCGGCUAGAUCUUCGCAUGGAAUGGUUGGAAUAAGGGACACUCUGGUCGUUUACGGAGGGUCCGGAGGAGCGGGAAGCAACGACAUCAAUGCAUACAUCUUUGACACUCGGAAGAACAAGUGGAGCAGCGAUUGGUCCUUACUCGCGCCGCCAGCAGCUGGCGCUGGUGCUCCCACAUCCAAUAGUAGCGCUGGUGAUUUCACACCCAACAGUAGCGCCGGUGAUUCCACAUCCAAGAGUAGCUCGUCGAAUUCACCUAUUAUAGGCGCGAGCAUCGGUGUAGGCGUCAUUCUCAUCAUAAUAGCCAUAGGACUAUUCGUUACCAACUAUCGGAAAAGGCAUGGUUCCAAGCCGGUCGUACCAUCGGCGCCACCGGAAAACGGAGUCGAAACGAUCCAAGUCACUACCUCCGACACUCGCCCAUCUUCUCCAUCGCUGCCGCGCUCGCUUCCGCAGGUUUCGAAUGAAGCACAUUCCGUGGGCAACACUGGGACUGCCGCAGCAACGCAGCUAGCUCCCGGCCGGGGACAAGAGGAUAUGCAUGAGACCAUUCAUAUUCCGUACGCUUCAUUGGGCAACGGCCCGUCCGCAAUGCAGCAACAGCAGCAGCAGCCAUUAAUCGAAGCGAGCUCAUUGGCGAACAGUGCGGCGGGACCGUUUCAGCACUCUGCCGGCGUGGGACCCAACGAUCUGAUUGCCAGCAUUCCUGUCGCAGCCGGAUCGGGCAGUAGUAGUAGCGCAUCAUCACCGCCUCUGCAACACCCGGGUUCCCACGAUGCGAUCUCUGUAGGGAUCGGAGCAUCGGAAUCAGCGCAACCCGGCACGAGACGCAAAGAUUUGAUCGCCAACAUCCCCCCCACCACCGGCGCAUCCAGCCGCGCGUCUUCCCCACCUCCGCAAUCAAACGACGCUAACCGCGCGGGAAUCUCAAUCAUAACCCCCUCUCAAACAGCAGCCUUGGAACGCAUCACCUCCGAGCUCUUCCCACCCCCACCAACAAGCGCAUCAUGGCACGACCGUCACUCAAGCAUGCUCUACAACCCCACGCCCACCGAAACCGCAUGGGCCGUCCCCCAACCCAUGCCCCGUCGAAGCGUCCCAUACGGGUACGAGAUCCCGCCCGCCGAGGAGGCUGUCAACCCUCGGAGAUCAUUCCACAGUGCUACGACUUUAGGGCUAGGACGAACCGCGUCAUCAGUGUCCUCAAACGAUGAGGGCACGUCCCUCCUCCCACGACCCGCGCCGCGCACAUCGUCCGUGCCUGACGAUAUCGAACCCGCACAACACCAGCCGUUUGUAUUGCCACGCGGGCCAAUGGGCUAUGAGAUCUUACCGGUAGAAGCGCACCCCGUGGAUCCGCGGACGUCGUUUUAUAGCAACGACACGACAUCAAGGGGCGAGGAGGAGGAGGAGGGUGUGGGGCUUUUAGCAAGGCGUACGAGCUCACCUAUCCCAGAGGCGAGUGGUCAGGAUACCCGGAGGGUGGAUGAAGGGCGGGCGGCCGUCAACACGCCGUGGACGUCCGUGGCCCCCGUCGCGCUCCCAUUGCCGCAACAACAACCACAAAAUCACGAGUUUGAAAUCCCACCCCCACCGCCGCCACCUCCCAGCACCGCAUCGUUGUACCCCACCCAAUCCCUUCCCGACGACGACGCGGAUUUGCCCCCCAUGUACCAAGAGUUCCCAUCCUCGCCCCAGGACGAAAGCAGUUCGAGCUCGGUUCCGCCUCCCAGAGCGACACCUGCGCGGUUUGCUUCGAGGAAGGCGCAUUAUAUGCCUAACCAUUGA